CUAGAAAUCCAAUGCUCAUUUUGUUGCGCAAAUCAAUUUUCACAUGUUUCGUUGUUGAAAAGGUUCUAUUUGUAUUAGCUGUUGAAACGAGCAGCAUCAACACUAGACAAAUCAAUCUACUAAUCAAUUUGCAUUGUGUUUCCAUCCCUAUAUCCACCAGCUGCUCUAGUAAAUUUUCCAAGGUAACAAACCUCAUAUAUAUUUUAGUCUUUUACGUUUUAAACUUUUUGAAUUUUUAGGUUUCGUUGUUUAUUUAGACGAAUAACCUUUGGGGUUAGAAUUUAUAAGCUAAAUUUAGAGUAGUGAUUUUGAAUAUGUUCAUUUGAAUUAUUUUUCUAAUUAUACCCAAUCUUAUUUUAAAAUAACAACGCCUAAAUAUCUAAAAUCGAAAAAUUCAUAAGACCUAUACUAACUAAGGAUCCAGAGGAGGGCUGGGCCGGGGCCCGGGGUGGCCCACCCCUGGAUCCGCCACUGUCUAAAGAUAAUGGUUCCUACCACUCUUUCAGGUUCAGAUGGUAUGUCUGCGUUAUUUUUUUCAGAAUGAUCGAUUAAUAAUUGGUCUUAGAGUUGCAAACUAUGUUGGCACAAGGUGUAGUGUCACUCAAUCUUAACCAAAUAUUGAUAGCAAUUAUAAAAAGAAUCAAGAAACCAUAUAGUUCUUUAGACUUCAGGCCGACUAUUUAUACAAGGUUUUAUACAAGGUCCUCUCAAAAGUAUAAACAAAUUAACUGAAGAAAGUAUUAAAUGAGUAAAUCAUAAAGACUCAUAGUGAUUUUAUCCCGAGAAGAUUCACAACAAAUAAUAUAUUGGUGGCAUUUGAUUGCGUUAAUGCAAUAAAAAACAACAGAGAAUGGAAGAAAGUUAAUGUGACAGCAAAGUUAGAUCUAGCAAAGACUUAUAACAAAGUGAAAUGGCUUUUUUAAAGACCAUAGGCUGAAACUAGGGUUUGAUGAAAGGUGGGUUGGCCUAAUAAUGCAAUGUGCCACAACUGUCUCCUAGUACGCUACAAAAUUAAGGAGUUUAAGGGACAAACAUAGAGGACAACCCUUUAAACUGGUCUCCGGAAAACCCAACGGUAGUGCAAUUCAUAAAACUAGGGCUUGAUUUUCGGUUAGAUCGGUUAUAACCGAUAAUCGAAUUGUCGGUUACCGAUUUACCGCGAUGCCAGUCUCGUCUACCGCCAACUGCCCAACGGAAGCCAUCGGUUAGCUGGGAACCGACCGGUCGGUUACCGGUUAGUUGCUCGGUUAACCGUAGUAACCGACCAGACGGGUAUUCGGAGAAGAAGGAGAAGAAAAAGAAGAAAUCGGAGCGGAAAAAAGCGGUUACCGGUUAGUUCCUCAAAUCAACUAAACCCAAAUCCCCUUCUCUUCUCCAACAACCACCACCAUCAAGCAUCUCUAUUAUUCGACCCAUCCCAAAACUUCUUCCAUCCCUUCCCCAAUCACCACCACCACCAACAGCAACAACAACAACGUCGGUCAUCUCCGUCGCCGCUGGAAAACCCAUCCUUCCUUAACCUCGACAUGGUCCCCUCUUCCUCCCACCAUCAUCAUCAAUUCCUCAGAUCUGACCACACCAUGCUUCCUCAACAACCAUCAUCACCUUCUUCUUCUUCACUCCUGCACGCAACUGGGUUAAUGACGACCAAUCACCAUCCUCAUCCACAUCCUCCUACGACAAUUAAUAAGAACAAUGAUCAUCAUAAUCAGCAGCAAAGUAGUAGCACCACCACCACCCACGGGGUGGCGGCGACCCGGAACCCGAAGAAGAGGACUCGGGCUUCAAGGCGGGCGCCCACCACCGUCCUCACCACGGACACCUCCAGCUUCCGCGCCAUGGUAGAAGAGUUCACCGGCAUCCCCGCCCCGCCUUUCUCCGCCGCUGCAGAGAUGGGGAGCGAGGAUGAGGAGAGGAGCGAGACGAGGUCGGAGCUGGGCGAGCCGGUGAAUUUGAAAUCGGAGAAGAAGAGCAAGAAGGGUAAGAAGCAAAGGUUUCCAGCCGGCGGAGGGAGAUGGUCGAUGUAGGAGGGUUGGGCAGGCGGCAGAGAGACUGGGAGAGUGGAGAGAGACUUCGCGUCUCGCGAUGCAGAGGAGAGAUUGAGGGGCUCGAUUAGGGUUUAGGCUGAAGAGGAGGGCGGCGGCGUUUUAGGAUUGAGGGGAGGAGGUUAGUUUUGCCGGUUAGCCGGUUAACCGGCGGUUACCACCAUCGGUUAGCCAGUUAACCGGCAAAGCUAACCCCGCUACUGAACACCGCCCGAUUUUGUAAUUUUCGGUUAGCCGGUUAACCGGUAACCGCCGGUUAUCGGUUUAACCGGCCGGUUAACCGGCAACCAAUAACCGAACGUCCAGCCCUACAUAAAACUGUCCCCAAAGUAUAUCAAUACGCAUCUGGAUUAUUUGAUGUCGUCCCCGAGAAAAUGGUGAUGGGCGGAUUAAUCACCCGAGUAAUGAAAAUAAUUAUGCCUUAGAAUUUUGAGAGUCAACCAAAGAGUUAUGGAAGUUGACCGGCCCGUACUCUAUAAAUGCAAAUCACCCUCGUUCUAUUCAUUCGUUUCCCUAACCCUAUAUACAGGAAGCCGGAUAAUACUUGCGGCGGCGGUCUCCAUCGCCUUCUCUAUCUUCUUCUUGCUUUAUCCUUACUGGCUUUAUACGAUUGUCGUGGCUUAUACUUUCUAUUCUUUUGCUUACCAUAGGAAUCAAGAUGUAAGGGCUAACGAAGAGAAUUGGCGCAGGAGCAGGUCUUCCCCUCUACUUAUUGUAUUAGAUAAUUGUGAAUUGUGAUUGUUGUUUUAGGGCUUUGAAUUCAAUUUUCUUUCAUUCUCCUUUUCUUUUAGUGAUUUGAUAGAUGGCUAGUUGUUCAUUCCGAUGUUUGGUAGACUUUUUUGCCUCUUCUAUCUUGUUUUUGCAUGUUGUUUGCUUCAUUGACAACAUUGGGGAAAAGGACAUUCUGGUUUGCAUUAUACUAUCUAGAAUUGAUAUGUAUCUGUAUGUUAAUAUUGUAUAGAAUAAUUAACUUCAUCAUUUUCUCUUUAUUGCUCUGGAAAAUUCCUAGUUGUAGUCAAUUGUGCUGUUACUGUGACCUAAUUGAAUGAAUAAGUAGCGUAUUAGACUAACUAAGAGAAUGAUCUAAAUGCUUGAUUCUGAUGUGCUGCUGAAUGGUUCUCAGUUCUACUUUGUUUUUCAAUUGUCCGAUUAUUUCAGUGGCAAACUCCACCUUUUGGGUUGCUCUCUUGAGGAAACUAAGAAGUCUAGCAGCUCCUGGUUUUUUUAAUCAUGAACUACUCAAUACGGUUGAGUAAUCAAUGAAAAUCUGAAGGUGAGUUACUGAAGCAUAUUUCAUUGAAAAUACAAAUUGGUUUACCUAAGUUGUUAAAUGAUCGUACUUUAUAGUCCUAAUUAAUUAGUAUUUGGUCAUCAACGGCUAAUUUUUGGAUAGAGUAAGAAAAUGUUUUGUUUAUAUGGGACAAGAGGAUUAGGCAGAGGAACCUAAAAGCUCCCUUUAUUUAUUGUGAUUGCUUUCUGUACACUAAUGCUAUAAUGCACCCACCUUGCAUACUAUAUGGUUUUAUAUAGUUCAUCAACUGAGUCGCGACUAAUCUUUUGGUUAUUGAUGCUACUUAGAUCAAGGACAUUUAGAAUUCAUGAACUUGGAAGAGAAGAAGAAGCUAGGCAAGUACUUUGACUAUUAGAUUUGCCGGUUAUUCUCAAGUCUCACCUUUUUGUUUGGUCUAGUAUGUUGCUCAAAUUUUUUUUAUAUUGUUAUUCAUGUAUAAUUCAAAGAAUAGGCACAAGUUAGUUGUUAUUGUUCUCACCCACUGCACAUGAUUAUAUUCUAUUAUUUAUAUUGCUGUUAUCAGAAAUUUUUAUUUAUUUCUUAAAAUAUUUAACUUUCAGGUACUUUUUUUCUUCAUUCCCAUGGCAAAAGGAGGAUUAGUGACUUCUGCUAUCUACAUAAUUGGACUGUAGAUGUUAUAUAUUAUCUUAUUAUCUUCAACUUUUUUUCCUUAGCGAUCCCUAUUUGUUCUAGAGUCAAGACUAAGGGAUGAUAUGCUUUCUCAAAAAGAGUAUUGAUUUGUUGUUGCCAUGACACAAGUUAAGGGACAAUUUUUUGUCUCCAAUUGUCACACAGGUGACCAUUUUUCGUCUCUAAAGAUAUUGUAUAAGAGACCACUUGAUCUCCUUGGAUAAAACUUGUGGGAAUGA